CACAAAGACACACCAACCAAAAAAAUAACAUAAGACUCCUAGGUCCACCCAUUUACUCUGAUACUAUACCUCUCUCGGCAUUCCUAUCUAAGGUCAUAUCCUCGGUGACAUCAUGGAGUUGUAAAUCUUGUCUAAACAACCUCAUCCAACACUUCCUAGGUUUACCUCUACCCAUCUGCACUCUACCAAAAUACAACUACAAUCUUACAUUCCCACCAUCAUUACACAGGUUCGGAAGAUAUUUAGAUCUGAUCGGAAUGAUGAUAUUCGCAGGUGUUCAGCCAGCCAUUGUAUGCAAAUGUGGAGAGAUGGCUCGGGAAGAAAUACCCAGAGAUUCAAUUUGUACAGAGGAACUAUGUUCUAAAACUAAACUACUUUCCAGCAUUGCAGUUUAACUUCAUGAGAGUGGUUUUCAGAACUGCAUAUGUUGCUGCAAUAACUGGGAUUGCGAUACUGUUCCCUUACUUCAACCAGGUUGUGGGGGUAGCAGGAGCGGUCAACUUUUGGCCUAUAGUCGUGUACUUCCCUGUUGAGAUGUACCUAAAGCAGAAAGAGAUUGAAUUUUGGACAUGCAAGAAGACCGCUCUUCGUAUAUACACAUACCUAUGCUUGGUUAUCAUCCUAUUUGCCUUUGUUGGUUCCAUCCGAGGAUUGAUUCUUGCCAGGUUCAGCUAGGAGGUCACUACUUGGUCACAUCUACUUCCUAGAAAUUAAGGUUGGUGGCAGAUGUGAAGAGAGUGUUGCUCAAAAGGAAGUGAUGCUUGUUGUGCCUCUACACUCUGUUCUUGGAAACCGGUAAUUCUCCGAUGCAGAAGAACAAACUAUCGUCACUCUACACUCUGUUCUUGGAAACCGAUGGUCGGUGAUAGCGGCACAGCUGCCGGGGCGAACAGACAACGAUGUGAAGAAUCACUGGAACACGAAGCUGAGAAAGAAGCUGUAGGGGAUGGGAGCCGGCCUCGAAUUACAAGCCUUGGGAUCUCGCCGGCGGCGAGACUUCCGCCACGAUGCCGGAGGCCGGCGGUGGUUUUCUGGCGACCGCCGAUCAUCAACACGGGGGGAUUUGACCAGUACGGCGGCCUUCUCAUGCAAGACGCCGAGGAGGGGUCGCCGUGGAACCAGAGCAUGUGCACGGGAAGCACGUGCACGCCGGGGGAACAUCAUAUGCGGCUGCCGGAGAAAGCCGUGGACGAUGAAAACGGAGCGUGUUCGGAUGGCGGAAAGGGGGCGGCAACAGAAGCGCCGCCGCCGCCUGGAAUUUUCCACUCUGACUGUGUGUUGUGGGAUAUUUCUUCUGAAGAUCUCAUGAACCCGAUCGAUGGUUUGAAGAGUGGGAUCAGAUCAGAAAACAAGCCAUUCUUGUAGCAAUUUAUUUGCAUUACUUCAUAAAUAUCAUGGCUUUGUUUGGUAACAUCGUUUUCAAUUAGCGUUAGCGUUUUGGAUAUAAUUUUAAUGGUGCAGAUUAAUUCUAAAAACUCUAACGCUAAAAGCUACCGUCAGAUAGCUUUUUCAAAACGCUAACUCUAAUUUCUGACGCUGAUGCCAAAUGGGGCCAUAUUUUCAAAUGCUCACUCAAUAAAUAUAAGUCAUCAAAUGGAUGGAGAAAUAUAUAUGUCCUUACCUU